GUACAGACCUGUCGGAGAGAACGGAAAGAGGAAAGUUUGAAGAAACGUAAUCGGGAAGCACUUCAGGAAUCUUAUAGACAGAACAUUUUUUAACACAACCACUUUUUCAGAUCCCUUGUGGGCUCCAGGGCCAGAGGAAAACGACAGAAAAAACGGGAUUGGAAAGCUUAGUCUCCUCAUGUCGUUUCCCCUGCCUCACACAAUAGACCAGUGCAGCCGAGGAGAUGAAGCAGUCAGGCUUCAGCUGGCAGUGUGAGGGUCCAUCCCAUAGGGGACGCUGUUGCGAGCUCACGGGGUGCUAGCCUGGUGAGCAGCGCACAUGAACAGUAGAGGCCUGUCCCGUAAGCCCAUCCAGUCGGGGCGGAUCACCUCACUGCUGCAGACCAUGGUGCCCUUGGGCUACACCAAGCUACAGGAGGACUGGCUGGCUAUGGCCGACCUGGGGGGCAAACAGGACGUGCACCAGAACGGGUUCCGCUCAGACCCGCCCCGCCAGGAGGGCCGGCGGCACUCAGACCGGGCCUUACGGACUUCCCUCAGCCUCUCGGAGAACGGGGACUGCCGAUACUCAGAGGCGGACGCAUUGCUGACGGAGGGCCAGCUCUCUGAGGAGGAGGACGACGAGGAGGAGGAAGAGCAGAAGGAAGGAGAGAAUCAGGGCGUGGCACACAGUAUGCCCAAAGAAUCACCCCUAGCCAUGGCCCUGCAGAUCCUCCUGCCCUUCCUAUUGGCUGGAUUUGGCACAGUUUCGGCUGGGAUGGUGUUGGAUGUGGUGCAGCACUGGCAGGCCUUUACAAACAUCACAGAGAUCUUCAUCCUGGUUCCUGCUCUCCUGGGGCUCAAGGGGAACCUGGAGAUGACCCUGGCCUCCAGACUCUCCACUGCGGUGAAUGUAGGAAAGAUGGACUCUCCCAUUGAGAAGUGGAACCUGAUCAUUGGCAACCUGGCUCUCAAACAGGUGCAGGCCACGAUGGUGGGCUUCCUGGCGGCAGUGGCGGCGGUGGUGCUGGGCUGGAUCCCAGAGGGAAAGUUCCAGAUGAGCCACGCGGUGCUUCUCUGCUCCAGCAGUGUGGCCACGGCCUUCAUCGCAUCGCUGCUGCAGGGCUUCAUCAUGGUGGGUGUGAUCGUUGGGUCCAAGAAGACGGGCAUCAACCCUGACAAUGUAGCCACGCCCAUAGCUGCCAGUUUUGGAGACCUCAUCACCCUGGCAAUCCUGGCAUGGAUCAGUCAGGGCCUCUACAUCUGCCUGGAUUCCCAUGAGUACGUCUCCUACCUGGUGUGCGGCUUCUUCCUGUCUCUGACUCCGCUGUGCAUCUUCAUCUCUUUCAAACACCCGGCCAGCCGCACACUGCUCUACUCCGGCUGGGAGCCCGUCAUCACCGCCAUGGUCAUCAGCAGCAUUGGAGGGCUCAUCCUGGAUAAAACGGUGUCAGACCCAAAUCUGGCCGGGAUUGUGGUCUACACCCCUGUCAUUAACGGUAUUGGCGGGAAUCUGGUGGCCAUCCAGUCCAGCCGGAUCUCCACUCACCUGCACCUCCACUGUGCACCUGGAGAAGUGCCCGAGGAGGCCAAGGGCUGUUACCACCCCUGCAAGACUUUCUGCGGUACAGGAGCCAAUCAUCGCUCGGCUCAGGUUCUGCUCCUAUUGGUCAUCCCGGGUCACCUGAUCUUCCUCUACACCAUCCACCUGAUGAAGAGCGGUCACACCACCCUCACGCCCAUCUUCAUGACUGUCUACCUGGCUGCAGCCCUGUUACAGGUGUUCACUCUGCUCUGCAUCGCGGACUGCAUGGUCCACUCCAUCUGGCGCAAUGGGAAGGACCCGGACAGCUUCUCCAUCCCCUACCUGACAGCCCUGGGGGACCUGCUGGGCACUGCCCUCCUGGCCCUCAGCUUCCACUUCCUGUGGGUCAUCGGGGACCAGGACAGCGACGUGGGUGACUGAGGCGGGAUUGGCUGUGGAUUGAGGACAGGGGGGGUCAGUCGACCACGUCACGUCCAUGCCGACACCAGCUCUCUCUCAGGCCCGCCCUGCGUCUCGUUCACUGACAAACAGGGAGAUUUUUUUUUUUUUUUUGUC